AUGCCAAACUGCUGCAAUCCUGAACUCCAGCGCCGAGUGAAACCAGGAGGUGAAGCAAAGGUUGAAGAAGUGGAUUGCAGAAAAGUUCCUUUUGCAGAGGACUGGGAGCAAGAUGGGCAUGCAGGCAGUGCACAGAAGGAUGUGUCAGUGCAGUUAAUGAUUUGUCAGGCCCGUCCGGCGGUGUGUGGCUGCGGGCAGGAGGUCGCGGGUCACGCCGGGGGCAGCGCUGGYCCCGCUCGGGUUCGGCCGCGGGUCCGGCUCUGUGUCCGGGCUCACUCCACGGGGCACCCGCCGGUCCCGCCGCGGCCUGGGGUCCCGGGGCCGCGCACCUGCCGGGCCCGCCCGGCCUGGAGGAGCAGCCGAAGGGCACCGCUCGGCCCCCGCCCGCCCCCCGUUGCCUCCCGUCGCAGCGCGGAGCCGGCGGCCGCCCGCCCCCGCCGCCGCCCUCGCACGUGUGCCGGGGAAGGCGCUCGGUGCCGCCCGGGCGGCGCUUCCCCCCGCUCCCCGUCGCCUCCCCCUCCUCCGCAGCGGGAGCGAGAGCAGCCUCCGCCCGGCAGCGCCGGGGCCGCUCGCCGCCGUGCCGCCCCGCCAGGACGUCGCCGCCGCCGAUGGCCGCCCCGCUGCCCGAAUAGGAGAAAAAAGAAAGGUGACAGUAUUUUGGAGAACCCAUCGAUUCCAAAUCCUUUUCCUGAGCUGUGUUGCUCCCCGUUUACAUCAGUUUUGUCAGCCAGUCUGUUGCCCAAGGCAACUUCAAGAAAAAAGCAGGUAAUCAAAGUGUAUAGCGAAGAUGAYACUAGCAGAGCUUUGGAAGUACCAAGUGAUAUAACAGCCAGGGAUGUGUGUCAGCUCCUGAUACUGAAGAACCACUACGUUGAUGACCACAGCUGGACUCUCUUUGAACAACUUACCCACACAGGUUUAGGAAGAGCUAUAGAAGACCAUGAAUUAGUGAUGGAAGUCCAGUCAAAUUGGGUAAUGGAAGAGGAAACCAAACUGUACUUUAGAAAAAAUUAUGCAAAGUAUGAGUUUUUUAAAAAUCCCCUGAGCUUUUUUCCRGAUCAUAUGAUAUCUUUUCCAAGUGAGACCAGUGCAGCUCUAAGCCACUCUGGGAUAUUACAGAUGUUCCUAAGCUCCAGCACAUAUCCUGAGAUUCAUGGCUAUUUGCACGCAAAGGAGCAGGGAAAAAAAUCAUGGAAAAAACUGUACUUUCUUUUGAGACGAUCUGGCCUUUAUUUUUCCACCAAAGGUACAUCUAAGGAGCCAAGGCAUCUGCAGUUUUUCUGUGAAUUCAGCAAUAGUGAUAUGUACAUGUCUUUAACAGGCAAAAAGAUUUCUGGAGCACCAACAAACUAUGGAUUCUGCUUUAAGCCUAACAAAUCAGGAGGAACCAGAGACCUGAAACAGCUCUGUGCAGAUGAUGAACAAAGUAGGACCUGUUGGAUGACAGCAAUUAGGUUACUCAAGUAUGGGAUGCAGCUGUAUCAGAAUUACAUGCAACCAUAUCAAGGUAGAAGUGGCUGCAGCCCUUUGAAUAUAACACCUAUGAGAAGUAUUUCAGAAAAUUCUUUAGUAGCAAUGGAUUUCUCAGGACACAGAAGCAGAAUUAUAGAAAAUCCAACAGAAGCCCUUUCAGUUGCAGUUGAAGAAGGAUUAGCAUGGCGGAGGAGAGGGUGUCUCCGACUCAACUCACAUGGUAGUCCUAUUGCCAUGUCUAACAUGGCUAUACACAGAUCUCAGUCAUGGUUUCAUCAUAAAAUCUCUAGAGAAGAGGCUCAGAGACUUAUUUUGCAGCAUGGACUUGUAGAUGGGGUAUUCCUGGUACGUGAUAGCCAAAGUAACCCCAAAACAUUUGUAUUGUCACUGAGUCAUGGAUUAAAAAUAAAACAUUUUCAAAUUGUACCAUUGGAAGAUGAUGGGAAGCUGUUCUAUACCCUUGAUGAUGGYCAUACCAGAUUUACUGAUCUCAUCCAGCUAGUGGAAUUCUACCARCUUAAUAAAGGAGUACUGCCUUGCAAGUUAAAACACUAUUGUGCACGAAUUGCUCUUUAACCAAAGCAUUUGUUGUUUCAUCAGAGGGAGAGGAAGAUAAUAGUAUGCUUUUUCCCCUAAAGGCAAUUUGCAUAGUAAAGAGGGGGAAACAAAACCCAUUACAUUGUAAAGAUUCUAUGUUUAAGCUGCAAAAAAAAAAAAAAAUUUAUAUUCUAUGUAGAUAAGAACUUUGCUUUGUGAUUGUCACAGCAAAAUUGAUUUUAUGGUUUGGAAAAAAUGUUAUUUCCAAUGUAAUUCUUUAGUGUUGUCUUGGACUUUUUUGAGUUUUUUUUCAACUGAAAACAGUUUUGAAACAUAUUGUGUAACUCCUAAAAAAUAUAACUGAAGGAAGAUCUUUGUUCUUAGGUUUAAACUUUUUUCUCUAUAAAUGUUUCUCAUAAUUUCUGUUCAUCACAUAAAAGAAUAACAUUUACUGUGGAGAGGAUAAGAAGUUGAACUGCACAUUUUAUUUAUAAAUAAAAUGAAUAAAUAUUUUGCACUAUAUUUUUGAAUGCUACUUUGAGGAUUAUCAUAUCCAAAAAGUGAAAAAUCAUUAAAACCACUUAUAACUGCUCAGUUGUAUUGAGUUGUGCUAUUCUUCUUGUAAUAUUUUAAAGGAUUUUUUUCCUCUAAUCUAAUUACUAAAUCUACAUCUUUAUGCAGGGGGCUGGAGUGUCACUUGMUUGGCUGUGAAAUGUAUAAACAUGCAUAAAUUAUUAUGUAGUGCGUAAUGUGGUUUACUGUAUACCUAUAAACUCUGACACAAAGAGAGRCAGAAAGACCUGUUAAGUACAUGGMUCUUUGUGCAGUUGAGGAGGGAAUCMAUUUCAAUUGCCCUUAAAAAAUAAAGGUAAUGUUAUAAUAGCUGCAAAUUGCCAAUAAUUUACAAUACUAACAAAUAAAGAUAAAUACAGUGGACUUUGCUGAAAACCUCAUGAAAGUGUAUUUGCAGUCAGCUUAUUUUAUUAUUUAUCACAAAAUAAAAGUGUCAGUGUAGCUACCAGUCAAGCAGUGUUUACAGAUUACCAAGUAUCUAAUGUUCCAGCUGCUGUGACAGUAGGCCAAGUCACAUUUUGGACCACAGCAUUAGAAAUAAUUUUGGUAUUUGUGUUUUGAAAGAGAGUUGAUACUGUCACAUCCUUGAACAAAAACUCGAGUGGAAUGGGACUUGGACUGAAAGAGGCAUCCCUGUCCUGAUGCUUUGCUCUCCAAGAGGUUUUUAUGAGGGUUCAGGACAUUGCCCUGGAUAUCUUUACAUAGGGUAAAGGCURGAAUAAAAGUGAUGUUUGAAGAUGGGCCAUCACAUUAACUCCAGCUCCCCCUUCUUGUGCUUGCUUGGGUUCCGUGGCUGUCAGGCAUAGCAGCUGCUCUUCUGUAGGAGUUGGUGAAGGAGGCCUGGGCGAGGGAUGGAGAAAGUGAGCCCCGAGGCACAGCAGUGGCAGGAGGUGUCAGCUGCCAAGGUCGUGUGGAUGGAAGCAUUAGAGCAGUGUGGUAACUGCAGCCUAUGGUUUUGUUAUUGUGCAUCUCUGGAAGGCAGGCAUAAYAACAUAAUACUGUGAUACUUCAUUUACCGACCUGAUCCGCACAUCCCUGACCUUUUCCUCUGGUAUGCAAAUGCAGUUUUUAAAGCUCAUUAAAAAAGCAACUCUUCCUAAUGUGUACCAAAGAUGCAACAUAUGUGAUGCUGCUGAAGCUCAUUAYAUAAGGAAAGCCUUUUAAAACUCUUUACAGUCUAAUAAAUGUAACUCUUAAACYUCAAGCAUAAUUUCAAAUUGUACUUAAAAAAAUUAAAACCUCUUCAGGUUUGGUUUAAUAAUGUGAUUAUGUCUCAGGUAAUUUUAUUUCAGAUAUUGGUGUAGAAUGAGGAGAAACAUUCUCUGUAUCCCCUUUUUUAUAGUCAUCUCUUGACAAAUGUGUUGUCUAUUGUAGUCCAUUUCUACYUGGACAGGUGAAAGCUUUUCUGUAAUUUUAUUUGUAUUUGUGUAUGUGUGCUUCACAGAGAAGCCAACUGCUCAUUGAGUGAGUACCUGUCAUCUUUGGACUGAUCAGAAAAGCAGAGUGUAGGGAUUGUCACAUGGUGGAGAGACAUCAACCAUCAAGAAACUUUGCCUGUUUUUUCAGUUUUUGUUUCACAAGUGAAAUUGAAAAAACCCCAGAAAAUAAAACUAAACCAGAAUAAUAAUUAAAAAAACCCAAAUAAAAUGAAGUAUUGCUUAAUGAACAUGGGAUUUGGAUAUUUGAAAAUUUUUAACGGUCAAGAAUUCAAAACUUUUUUACACUGUAAAGCAUUUCCUCCUGCAUUUUGACAUCUCUCUUAAUUAAAAUCUAAACUGAAAUCUUGCUGAGAAUACCUAAUCUCUUUUAUAUGAAUGUGCAUAUCUUUCCUGAAUUCUGUGGGUUU